AUGACAGUAAAGCCUAAGGUUCUUGUCGUCUUGACAUCCCAAGACAACCUCCCUACGCGGGAUGGCAUGAAGACCGGAUGGUACCUUCCAGAAUUUGUGCACCCCUAUAACGCACUCGCUCCUCAUGUGGACAUUGUCGUUGCCUCGCCCAAGGGCGGCGAAGCUCCGAUUGAUCCCUACUCUGUCCAAGAAGCCAAGGAUGACGCAGAGUGCCAGGCUUUCUUGAAAGAAAAGGAGAGCCUCUGGAAGAAGACGGAGAAGCUGGAGACUAUGCUUCAGAGAUCUUCAGAGUUUGCUGCAAUCUUCUACGUCGGUGGCCACGGACCCAUGUUCGACUUGGCCGUUGACCCGGUCUCCCACGCAUUGAUUCGAGAGUUCUACGAGAACGGCAAGAUUGUCUCGGCCGUCUGCCACGGUCCUGGUGCCCUAGUCAAUGUCAAGCUGUCGGAUGGAGAAUAUCUAGUCAAGGACCAAGAGGCGACUGGAUUCUCCAACGCCGAGGAGGAUGCGUAUCAUUUUACGGAUGCGAUGCCUUUCUUGCUGGAGACUGAGAUGAAGAAUCACGGAGCUCACUAUGUCAAGGCAAAUCGGCUUUUCGGAGUCAAGGUCGUGGUCAGCGGCAAGGAUGGUCGGCUGAUUACCGGGCAGAACCCGCCCAGCGCUGGGGUCAUUGGAAAGACUCUUGUUGAGGCAAUUGGAAAGCUUUAG